AUGCCCACAUCAGAAAGCCAUCACCCCAAGCAGCGUCCUCCCCGCAAAAAGGCUUGCAACAACUGCACGAAAUCAAAAGUUCGUUGUAGUCUCGAGAAGCCCGCCUGUUCGCGCUGCAGAUCGACGGGUCGGGUCUGCGAAUAUUCUGCCUCGGCGUUGGGGCGAGACUCCCCUUCUGGAGAAGGGGGUUUUACAGAAGACGCUGGAAUUGCAUAUCCUGGCUCGGCAAUAGAUUCGACACCUCGUUUUGAUUCAAUAUCUGUUAUGCCCAUUCCUCUGCCUUUGGCAAGUACUCCCUCGAGUACGGCCUGGAGUCCGUCUAGUCACAUUCAUGUAAGGAGACAAGUCGCCGUCGCUAGCGGCUGGAGGGAUGGAGAUGGACUUGAUUUUCGAACAGUUGAUUUAGUACCCAGUGCUAAUGCAGAGGAUAUCCGGGAUCGCUGGUUGAGACCUUAUAUUCUGCCACCCCUGGGGCAAGAUGAGGUGCCUAAGGUUUACCACCCUUUCACGUUGCAGUACAUUUCGCGGAUAUUGAGCACUUAUCCGCGGUGCAUGCUGAAGGACAAGGAUGUCCCUCCCAUCAUCCAUCGCUCCCAGAUUGAAGGAAAGGAAUUGCCUCGAUCACUUGCAAACUGUUACAGUCUCGUACGGAUGUGGGAACAGGCGGUACCAGGAAGUGAGAUGAUGGUAAUGAGUACGCUAGAAAAGGAAAUGGAAAGGCUGGCUGCCGAGCAUCCUGAGCAAGACUACGAGCUCCUCUCGGCCUUCCAAGCCUACCUACUAUACACAAUCAUGUUGUACUUCUCCCCUCGAGGUGGUUCGUCCCUUGUCAAUGAUAAGAUGAUGAUCACACUCAUGGAGAUGGCUUUCCGGACCGCCCGGAAUGGCCUCUUCUGCGCCGCAGAGCUAGCCCACGCCCGACCGACAUGGGAGUCCUGGAUUGUGGUAGCCGCAAAGCGACGCGCGAUCUUCACUAUGUACCUGUUUAGCAGUGUGUACAAUGCAGACAGGCUACUUCCAAAUUUUGUGGCAGAUGAGAUGAGAGGAGUGUAUGCACCGGGCAAUAAGGCGUUAUGGGAAGCCAAAGACCGAGAAACGUGGAGCAAAGAAUACGAUAGAUAUCUCUUACAGUGGGAGGAUGGGAUUCUGGAGAUCUCGGAAUUAUGGAGGUCAGCGGAAACGGGUUCAACCGAGCGCAGGGAAAGAAUAGAGCGAUGGGUGCAGUCGGCGGACGAGUUCGGGAUGACGAUAUUCGGAGUCUGUGUCCAUAUCCAUGGUUGUUGA